AUGGAGGACAGAAUUCCAAUAUUGAUCGAGGAUUUUAUUUCUCAGAUCGAAGGUCGUCUCUCGAUUAAUAUAGAAUCGAAUGGUCGCAGUGUGAACGUGGCCUAUUGGGACCCGCCCUACCCUUGGUGGCGGGAGAGGUCAAUUGAUGAUUUCCCCCUCACAAAAAAGACCCUGCUCAUUCAGGACAGUGUGAGCCGACAAUCUGCGGACGCUCGCAAAAUUCACAUUAAGGCAUCACUGAUCGGCGUCAAGAUUAUAUUAUUCCCUCGAUUUGAUUCCUUUAUUUCUGAAAGACGUUCUACAAUAUGGCAACUGUACAGGAGCAGGAAUAAAAAAACAGGGAUUGUGGAUUGA